AAGAGAAAACAGCCAAAGCUCAAAGUGGGACACGGAGGCACUCUUGAUGCCGAGGCGGAGGGCGUCCUUGUGAUAGGUGUUGGCGGGGCGACAAAGCAACUGAGCCAGUUUUUAGCCUGUGACAAGAGCUACGAGUUUGAUGUUGAGCUAGGACGUCGCACCACGACAUUGGACGUCGAUGGUGAGGUCGAGGCCGAGGCCCCCUUUGAGCAUGUGACAGCGGAUAUGCUGCAGGCGGCACUGAACGAGUUUGUUGGAGAUAUUAUGCAAAUUCCGCCCCGGUACAGUGCUUUACGCAUUGAUGGCAAACGACUCUCAGACCACGCACGUUCUGGCACGCCGGUUGAUCCCCAGCCGCGUCCUGUUCGGGUCUUGGCUGCUCAGCUUCAAGCCUACGUGGCACCAGUCGCAACUAUCGCGGUGACCUGUGGGGGUGGUUUUUAUGUGCGCAGUCUAGCCCGAGAUUUGGCAUGGAAGGUCCAGUCUGAAGGCCAUGUCACGCGCCUGGUGCGCACGCGACAAGGUCGCUUCGACUUGAGCGCAGCUUUGCCGGAAGAUGCUUGGACCCCAGCCCAGCUUGAGGCGGCUCUUGCUGCUAACAACAAAAGAGAGGAGCAACACCUUCGGGUUAACGGCUAG